AUGUCGACCUUUGAUCCGUUCACGCAGAACGUCACGUUCUUAGCAGCUGAUGGAAACACCACCAUCAGCAUCCCCGUGAUGCUCGUUGACGAGAUGCGUCGCAUGAUGGUCAACACCGUCAUCAACUAUGCCACACAGCUCGGCGCCUGUCUCGUCAUGCUCGUCGUUCUCCUCGUAAUGGUGCCCUUUUCCAAGUUCAAGAGACCGUUCAACGCUCUUCAGAUCCUCAGUCUCGUCAUCUGCUCGGUCAGAAUGGUGCUGCUUUGUAUCUGGAACAUCUCCAAGUUUGCCGACUUUUACCCCUUCUGGUCUCAUGACUUUAGCCAUAUUCCUACCAGUGGGUAUGCACCUGCCAUUGCCGCCAAUAUCAUCUCGCUCUUGCUCGUCAUCUCGAUCGAGACGAUGCUCAUGAGCCAGGCUUGGACGAUGGUUAAGCUGUGGCCGAAUCUGUGGAAGUAUAUCAUCACUGGUCUUUCACUCGUCAUUUCUCUCAUGACGAUUUGUGUGAGGAUUGCUUUCACGGCUGUUCAGAUCGAGGCAAAUCUCGAUACCAUUCCGCCGUGGCACAUGCUCUGGCUCAUCAAGUGGACGGUCAUCAUGAACGUGUCUUCAAUCUCAUGGUGGUGUGCCAUCUUCAACAUCAAGCUCAUCUGGCAUCUCAUCUCCAACCGUGGUAUCCUGCCAUCUUACAAGACACUCAACCCCAUGGAGGUCCUUGUCAUGACCAACGUCAUCUUCGCCUCUCUUGAAUGGGCUCACUUCGUCGACUUCGAAGCAGCAUCUCUCACCCUCACCUCCGUCGCCGUCAUCCUCCCCCUCGGCACCCUCGCCGCACAGCGCAUCGCCGCCAGCAACGCCAACAGCGCCAACUCCUCCGGCGCCUCCAGUGGCAUCCGCUACGGCGUCAGCGGGCCUAGCUCCUUCACUGGCUUCAAGGCACCCAGCUUCAGCACCAACCGCAGCGGCGCCACCGACAGACCUCACGUCUCAGUGUACGCCCGCUGUGAGGCUGGGACUUCGUCUCGCGAUCACAUCAACCCCGAGGAUGUUGAGCUCGGUAAGAUGGACGGUGACCAUGUCCGGGUUGACAAAGCCUUCUUGCAACGUGAAGAGCGGAUCUAG